GCUGACCCAGUAUGGAUACCUUCCUCCAGCGGAUCCCGUAACAGGACAGUUGCAGACUUGGGAGGCAGUAACCAGUGCCAUUCGUGUAAUGCAACGUUUUGCAGGCAUUGCGGAGACUGGGAUUCCAGAUGAUGCCACGUUGGCUCUGAUCCGAAUGCCCCGCUGUUCGCUUCCCGACGUUAUCAGCACCUUCCCAGAAAAGCUUCCUCUGCGGAGGAGCAGGAGCAGGAAAAGGCGGAAGAGAAGGAAGAGUCGGAGCAAGCGGAGCGCAGGCUCGGUUUGGACGAAGCGGAACAUUUCCUGGAGAGUGAAGACCUACCCACGGGAAGCCCGCCUCAGCCGAGAGACCAUGCGAGUAUUGAUGUAUUAUGCCUUGAAGGUAUGGAGUGAAGCUACACCCUUGAACUUUCAUGAGGUGGGCAGCCACACGGCUGACAUCUCUGUGGAGUUCCUCCGCCUGGACCACCGCGAUGGCUACCCUUUCGAUGGGCCGGGUGGAAUGGUCGCUCAUGCCUUCUUUCCUGGAGACCCUCAGAGGGCUGGCAACGUCCACUUUGAUGGCGACGAGGAAUGGACGUUCCGUUCACCAGAUGAUUUUGGCACUGACCUAUUUGCUGUGGCAGUUCACGAGUUUGGCCAUAGCCUCGGGCUGGCACAUUCACCCUCCAAGCAUUCGAUCAUGCGCCCCUACUACCAGGGACCAGUGGGAGACCCACUGCAAUACCAGCUGCAAGCGGAUGACCGGACUGAGAUACAGAAGCUUUAUGGUAUGUGCAGUGGGUGGAUUGCUGAACAGCAUGGACCUACUCUAGGGAGGACUUCAUCUAAGUCUCUCUAGAUCAUUGGGACCUGCUGAGAGGUCUCUGGGUGAUUUGUAGUAGAUCGGCAAGGAUUCCUGACUCCCGGUUGCUGAGCAUUUUGUGACAAAGGCCACAUUUGCACCACACAUUUAAAACACUACGAUACUGCUUUAACAGCCGUGGCUUCUCCCAAGGAAUCAUGGGAACUGUAGUUUGUUAAGGGUGCUGAGAGUUGUUCCUCUCGCAGAGCUGCAAUUUCCAAAGUGGUUUAACAAUCAAUCUCUGGGACUUGUGUAGGCGAGGCUCUCCUAACAUCUCUGUAAUGAUAACUAGAAGUAUACAAAGGUACAGUUAAUUUUCACGAUCUUUACCUUUAACUAGAUAACAAGCUUACCCAAACUGAUCAAAGCAGAUGU